AAAUUUACGGUCGUAAAAAUAUUUAUUGUAGAAGUAACCUAAGAGUUUUAGCGGGAUCGACCAUCAAUUAAAUCGUGUGCGGGUGUACAAUAGCGUAAAAUAUUGGAUUACCGGUACAUUCUCUUCAACAGUGACUAACCGGUUCAGUGAAGUGUGGAGUGUGAAAACAAACCUGAAUAAUUAUUCAUCACACCCGAAUGUAGAUCAGGACAAAGUUUCGUGUACUUUUGCGCGAUCAUUUGUAUUGAACAUCAUAACUCUUCGCGGUUAAAUGACACAACGAAGGUAAACGGAAUUUAAGGACUAAGACACCAUUUAUUGUGGACCCAUUACUUACACGGAUGGACAUAACGCUAUUACAGAUGGACCGUACCUGUAUGCGAACUUUUGUGAUGCUGUUGAUGACUUCUUUCUCACAAGGUACAGGUGCGCCGUUGGUGUUCCUCUCCGAUGAGCCCGUUGGUAGCUACUUCCGGUACCAGGGCCGCUGCUCCUUGCCUUGCGAUGGAUCCUACCCGCCGGGGCAGUUUCCGGUCACUAUCACUCUGGAUCAAAUUGCCUCCGAUUUUGCGGGCUUUAACAUCUUCCGGCCGCUGCAGACGACACCGAGCUGGGUGUGGCACCUAAACAACAACAACUACAUCUCGUCGAGCAACGCCGGCACGUGCACGUUUGACGUGCAGUUUGAUCACGUGACGUCUGGUGCCAAAAUGAGCGGCGCAUGCGAACUGAAUCACGUAACACCGUUUGCCUGUAAGUCCGGUGACUUCAUUCCGGAGUAUUACAACACGUACAGCAGUUGCUAUGACGUUGCUGGGAACAAUCUGGAGCUCUGCUACAACCAGACGAUCUUUUCGUGGUGCUGUAAUGCGUGCAAUGGCUAUCGGGAAGACACUCCGAAUUGCCCCUUCGGAGACCUCAUUCCUUCUCGCUGCACCUCGCUAGAUGACGCCCUCUGUUACGAGGAAAGCGUGCGAAAGGACUGUUGUGGCACGUGCAAUCGCGUGGAGGAAACAUAUUACGUUGCAGAUUGCCCUUAUGGUGACCGGAAGCCGGAUUUCUGUCGCAAGAUUACGGAUGAAUCUGCCUGCUACAACAAAACAGUGGAGGAGAUCUGCUGCAAAACCUGCGACGACUUUAAAGACAACACACAGCUUGACUGUCUCUAUGGUAACCGGAUUCCAGACAAGUGUGAGACCAUUCAGACCCGGGACUGCUACUCCCAGAAUGUGUCAUAUCAAUGCUGUAGGACUUGUGGGGACGCCCGCAACCAGAACAAUCCAGACUGCGCAUUUGGCGACAAGGCUGACUUUUGUCGCAGCCUGGAAAACGUCCAGUGCUACAACGGGACAGUGGCCUCUACAUGUUGUCAGAUCUGCGCCUCGUUUGCUGCUGGCGGUACUUCUGAAUGUCAGUAUGGGGACCAGGCCCCUUCCCAGUGUUUGACCUUGACCCCAGCACAGUGUCAGACAAACUUUACCCUGCAGAAGUCGUGUUGUAGGACGUGCAAAUUCGUCCAAGAAAACAACUGCUCCCUUGAAGCCGAGGACCCAGUUUCAUGCUUGUAUAUCCAGCCACGUGAUUGUUACAACGACAACCUGAGACAGAAAUGCUGCUCCACCUGCCUUGAUAACCUGAAGAAUGCACCUCACCUCAAUGAGUCCUGUGCGUAUGGUGACCGAGAUCUGAAAUGCUGGAGGAUCGCCCGUGCUGACUGCUACGAGCCCCGCAUUGAGCACGGCUGUUGUAGCACGUGCCAAGAUUAUGUGGUUCUCUCUGCAGAGACCUGCAAAUAUGGAGACAGAUGGUCAAACUGUAGCAGUGUUUCUGAACAUUUUCAAUGUUACGAUCCCAAAGUUGAGACAAACUGCUGCGAGACAUGUUCAUAUAACAGAAAGAGCAACUUACCAGCCAGUUGUCGCUAUGGUGAUAAGUCAACAAGCUGUCCUACAAUCAUUGCAUUCGAGUGUUAUGAUGCUAAGAAGGCUGACGAGUGCUGUGAAACGUGCACUUACUAUGACAGGUCUUCUGCCCUUGGCGCAGGUUGUCGCUAUGGAGACAGAGAGGUGGAUUGUGACCUUCGACCUAGGUUUGAUUGCUAUGACGACAGUAAGAGGAACGUCUGCUGCUCUCACUGCGAGGCUAUCAAGGAAGUGACCAAUCCUGGGUGUGAAUACGGUGACAGGAAAGCGAGAUGCCGCAAUAUCACGCGGACAGAUUGCUACACACUGGAGAAGGAGUGCUGUCAAACCUGUCCCUACAUGGUCUCAAACUUCAACAUUGCAAACUGCAGGUAUGGAAACAGACGAGAUUGUGAGGGCAUUGAGGCGUGGCAAUGCACUUCUAACUCCACCCUCAACACCGAGUGCUGCGAGAAAUGCCACUAUCUCCUCAACUCAAAUCAAGGUUGCAUAGACACAUCACCUAACUGUUCGUCCAUUAGCGAUAGUGACUGUUACAGACGAGAGAAGGAGUGCUGUAUGAGCUGCCAGUACCGACAUACCACCAUCACUGGGCUUAGUGACUGCAAGUUUGGUGACCGUGCGUCCCGUUGCUCCUAUGUCACCGCCCAGGACUGUUACAACUCCCAGACAGCAUACGAGUGUUGCAAGACGUGCUUCUUUCACAGACGGGCAGAUAUUCCAGCGUCUGAGAACUGUCUCUAUGGUAACCGACUUACGGACUGCAACAUGUACCACUACUCUGAAUGCUACAACAACACUAACAGGCCUCUAUGUUGUGAGAGUUGCUAUCAGAAGAUGUCAUUGGAUCCAAAUUGUCGCUAUGGUGACAAACAUGAAGAUUGCUACCAGUUGUACAGUCAACCAUGGCAGUGUUAUAACAGCACUGUGAGGAAUGUAUGUUGUGCUUCGUGCCCCAACUUAGAGGAUUACACAUACCCAGAUUGUGCUUAUGGGGACAAACAGCCUGAAUGUUCUAAAGUGAGCAGUCAACGAUGGCAGUGUUACAACGACUCUGUGAGUCAGGCAUGCUGUAGAUCAUGUCCAAAUUUACAGGAUAUCUCACGUCCAGACUGUCGGUAUGGUGACAAGAAACCAUCUUGCAACCCGUGGCAAUGUGGAUCCUACCCAACGGUUGUCCUUAACGAGUGUUGCGCAACAUGCCACGCCCAUAUAACAACAAUGACAACAACUUCCACUACAACACCAAGACCUGUUCCAACAGAAUCACCUUCACCUGUCCCUACAGACAAACAAACAACAACCACGACAAGAACAACAGUAUCAUCAACUCCAUCAUCAACAACAACAACAGCCACCACAAGAUCGUGGUCACCGACAGCAACUGCAGUAACAUGGACUUUAGCCACAGCAAACGUGUCGAAAACCUCUCCAAUAACAACAUCAGCAGCAAUAACAACAACAAAAUCAACUACAACAGCAACAACAAAAGCAACAACAAAAGCAAUUACAACACCUCCACCAACAACAAAAGCAAUGACAACAACAACAGCAACACCAGCACCAAUGUCAACAACAACAUCAACAACACCAGCAAUGACAACAACAACAACAUCAAAAGUACCAUCAAGUUCUACACAAUAUACGGUUGAGACAACAGUGUCAGAGACAACAAUGUCAGAGACAACAACUUCAGAGACAACAACCUCAGACACAACAAUGUCAGAGACACCAUCCACCACAUAUACUACCAGUAAACCGGCUGACACCUCAGAAAAUGGACGCAACAAAAGUUUAAAUUCCAUUGGACCGAUAGUGGGUGGGGCAGUAGGAGGGGUUAUACUGGUCGUCAUAGUGAUUGCUGUCGUCUGCAUCGUCAUGAAGAGGCGGAGACUUCAAUCUGAUGGCUCAGCGGGAACUAUGUCAUCAAAGUCAAGCAGACCAAUAAUAGCAAGACGUGACCCCUCAUAUUCUAACAGUCAAGACAGCCUACAAUCAGCAGCCUGGACUAACCAGGCAUUCAACAGCAACCAGGCAUUUAACAGCAACCAGGCAUUCAACGGCAGCCAGGCAUUCAAUGGCAACCAGGCAUUCAAUUACAACCAGGAAUUCAAUGGCAACCAGGCAUUCAAUGGCCACCACGCAUUUAACGGCCCCCAAGCAUUUAACGGCCCCCAAGCAUUUAACGGCCACGCUGUAAUUAACUUUCCAUCCGGCCCGCCGUCAAAUGGGUACACGCCUGUAACAUAUGGAAACCGGGCCAACCAGGUUCCAUCUGGCCAGCCGUCACACGGGUUGGCGCCCGUGACCUUUGCCAACUGGACCAACCAGGUUGCCAUGGGAUCACGAACACCAACACUGUCAUCAAAAGAACCACCUCGGCGCCAGGCUUCAACCACUGAUGAGGAGGUGUAUCAAUAUAUUGAUGAUAGCGACGUGAAGACUGUGAUAUCAAUGCCAGUACGCAGACCAACACUGCCUUAUCGGGAAGAGAAGAACCCGGCUGCAGAAGGGCACUACCUGGAAUUAAACAAGAAUGUGGAGGACUACGUCAAGCCAGACAGUGAUCAUCCCUACCAUGUGCUAGAGAAACGGGCUACUCCAGAAGAUGUUCACGAUUACAUGCAUAUGUAGACUUCUAGACUGAUAGUACAACCCUCUCAGUGACCUGUGAAAUAAUCCAUUCACAGACAUGCAAAAUGACUACUUUUCCUGUGAAAAGAUACGCACAAUUGUAUGCAUAAUUAUGAGACUGCUAUAUGAGUAAGCCCUUCAGAGAAGACCGAACAAGACUGGACUUGCUGCUGAAAGAUGCCCACAACUAUUUAUGCACACAAAGAAUUUAACACUGCCAUAUUGUCAACAGUUGUAACUGAAAUAAGCCUCUCACAGAUGACAAAACAAGAUUGUGGUGAAUUUUGUGCCUAAAGCCUGUCAGUGACUGCAGUCAGCAAAGGGUUACACUGCAGUCAGCAGUGGGUUCCACUGCGGUCAGCAAAGGGUUACACUGCAGUCAGCAGUGGGUACACUGCGGUCAGCAAAGGGUUACACUGCAGUCAGCAAAAGGUUAUGCUGCAGUCAGCAAAGGGUUACACUGCAGUCAGCGAAGGGUUACACUGCAGUCAGCAAAGGGUCACAGACUUGAUUGAAGAAUGGACUGCUCAGUUAUUGGGCUAUGGGAUGCAUAUUGUGAAUGUUAAAAGCAGUGACAUCAAAGAGAGCUUUGUCACCAGACUUGUUCAUAGCUUGGUAGCAGUGAGUUCAAGAUUGUUGGUUUUUAGUGACGUGAAAUGCAUCCAUAAUGAUGUGCUCUUUGAUGAACAAUAUGUGAAUACUCCGUCAAAAAGUGCAACAUGUUAUAUUGAGAUUAUCAAUUGUAUAAUAAAGCCCUUCUCUUGAAACUUGCAUCAAUAACAUAACACUCUUUGAAAUCCUGUAGUGUGUGAUCAUUUAAUGUAAACUUAGCUUGUUUUGUCUAAACAACUAUUGUGGUUAAUUACCAUGAGCUAGUUUUUAAGUGACCAUAUUUAAAAUGUAAUUGAUUUCUUUUGCUUUCCUUGUAAGUUUUAUGGCUAUGAUUGUGCAGCGCAUACUAUAAUUAUAUAUGAAUUUUUUAAACGUAUUAUUUAAAAACCUAAAGGUGCCAGAUUUGUAAUUGGAGGGUUUUAUUUUGUCAUUUUAUACAUUUGGUGCUUUACAGAAGGCAGAUUUAUUUAACCUUACCUUUAUCUUUCCAUUCUGAAAUAACCCAUUUGUUUCGGUUUUAUUGCUCUCUAGACUAGAUUUUGUUGUUGUUGUACAAGCAACGAUACACCUUUUUACAGUUGUAAGCAUCCACAGAGGCCCUUUACUUAUAUUUUGUUCCUAUUUUUGGAGUCUCGCCCUCAGAAGUGAAACCAUCACAAGCAAACAGAUCCAAAUUGAGUGCAUUCCAGUAAAGUGUCAGAUCCAUAUUGAGUGCAUUUCAGUAAAGUGUCAGAUUCAUAUUGAGUGCAUUCCACUAAAGUGUCAGAUCCAUAUUGAGUGCAUUCGAGUUAAGUGUCAGAUCUAUAUUGAGUGCAUUCCACUAAAGUGACAGAUCCAUAUUGAGUGCAUUCCAGUAAAGUGCCAGAUCCAAAUUGAGUGCAUUCCAGUAAAGUGUCAGAUCCAUAUUGAGUGCAUUCCAGUAAAGUGUCAGAUCCAUAUUGAGUGCAUUCCAGUAAAUUGUCAGUUCCAUAUUGAGUACAUUCGAGUAAAGUGUCAGAUCAAUAUUGAGUGCAUUCCAAUAAAGUGUCAGAUCCAUAUUGAGUGCAUUCCAGUAAAGUGGCAGAUCCAUAUUGAGUGCAUUCCAGUAAAGUGUCAGAUCCAUAUCGAGUGCAUUCCAGUAAAGUGUCAGAUCCAUAUUGAGUGCAUUCCAGUAAAGUGUCAGAUCCAUAUUGAGUGCAUUCCAGUAAAGUGUCAGAUCCAUAUUAAGUGCAUUCCAGUAAAGUGUCAGAUCCAUAUUAAGUGCAUUCCAGUAAAGUGUCAGAUCCAUAUUAAGUGCAUUCCAGUAAAGUGUCAGAUCCAUAUUAAGUGCAUUCCAGUAAAUUGUCAGAUCCAUAUUAAGUGCAUUCCAGUAAAGUGUCAGAUCCAUAUUGAGUGCAUUCCAGUAAAUUGUAAGUUCUCCCAACUGUCCACACUCUGUGAUACAUUUUUAUUACAUUUGAGAAACUGUCAACUUAUUAAAGACCAUACCAACCCCUGGGUGCAAAAAGGUACCAUGUGAAAUUGAGAUUAGAAGGCAUAUUGCAUCUUUUUGCACAAAUGGGGCGAUAUUUCUUUUGCAAGUAAUCAUCGUACAAUUUGUUUUGAUAGUUUUUCUGUGAUUCUGAAUCACGUUCUUUUUUUAUGCCCCUGGUAGGGUGGCAUUUAGCAGUUGAACUGUCCGUCAGUCAGUAUGUCAGUAUGUGUGUAUGUCAGUAUGUGUGUAUGUGUGUAUGUCAGUCUGUCCAUCCGUCCGAAAAAAACUUUAACAUUUGCCAUAACUUUUUCACUAUUGAAGAUAGCAACUUGAUAUUUGGCAUGCAUGUGUAUCUCAUGGAGCUGAACAUUUUGAGUGGUGAAAGGUGAAGGUCAAGGUCAUUCUUCAAGGUCAAAUGUCAAAUAUAUGGUGUCUGUCCGUCCGAAAACUUUAACAUUGGCAAUAACUUGUUCAAUAUUGAAGAUAGCAACUUGAUAUUUGGCAUGCAUGUGUAUCUCAUGAAGCUUCACAUUUUGAGUGGUGGAAGUUCAAGGUCAAGGUCAUUCUUCAAGGUCAAAGGUAAAAAAAAAAAAAUUCAAAGCAGCGUUCUCAUGAAGCUGCACAUUUUGAGUGGUGGAAGUUCAAGGUCAAGGUCAUCCUUCAAGGUCAAGGUCAUCCUUCAAGGUUAAAGAUAAAAAAAAUAAAAUCAAAGCGACGUUCUCAUGAAGGUGCACAUUUUGAGUGUUGGAAGUUCAAGAUCAAGGUCAUCCUUCAAGGUCAAAGGUAAAAAAAAAAUCAAAGCAGUAUUUUCAUGAAGCUGCACAUUUUGAGUGGUGGAAGUUCAAGGUCAAGUCAUCCUUCAAGGUCAAGGUCAUCCUUCAAGGUCAAAGGUAUUUUUUUUUUUUUUUCAAAGCGGUGUCCUCAUGGAGCUGCACAUUUUGAGUGGUGGAAGUUCAAGGUCAAGGUCAUCCUUCAAGGUCAAAGGUCAAAACAAAAAUUCAAAGCGGCGCAAUAAGGGGCAUUGUGGUUCUUGCGAACACAUCUCUUGUUUUCUGUAACAUUUGUGGUCUAGUUUGAUUUAUUAAAAUGUAUUACUUUUCUUCUCCAAGUACUUUUUUCAGGGAAUUAGUGUUAAACUGAUGUAUCUGCAAUACAUUUCUUAUUAGAUACAGUAGUUUCAUGUUUAUCUCCAAGAUUCCUCUAUACAUUUUUGACAUUGUUAAAAGUACAUUUACAAAAUGCUCACACGCAUAUAUAGCAUGUAUAUAAAUUAUGUUCUAUAAAAAUAAUGAUCAGUACUGACCAUAUGAUCCCAGGUAUGACAUUCUGGAAUAAUUGAUUGAAUUCUUACUUCUUUAUAUUAAAAGUAAAAACAAUUCUAAAAUGUCUCCAAUUGUCAAGAUUUUGCGCACAACUCUGUAGUAAAUCCCAGCACAAUGAUGACCUAAUCCCUGUUUGCCUGUGAUGUUAUGGUUGAUUUUAUAUUGCCAACUUAUAUAGAAAAUACUACAAAUGAGGCCACCAAAAAUCGUAAAAGUUGAACUGUGAAGGAGAACUUCGGGCAAUUAUAGGUUUUGCUAUUUAAAUUACAUGGUCAAACUUUUUAAAACCAUUUUAUUUUUGAAAUCCAUAAGAAAUCUGACAGUAUAAAUAGGUUGCUUCCAUGAUGCCUUAUUUGUACAAAGCAAUGAAUUGUGUCACACUCUAUUUUUAGACACAUUUCACCCAAACAAUACUCUUCUACAAUAAGGUUCUAUCAGUUGAAGUUACUUGAAAAACAUCAGAAAUUGAUCUACAAGCGACUUUGUCUGAGAUUACCCGAUGUCCUACUUUUCUUGGAUUAACCCUUAUGUCCAGUCCGACAAAAGAAUGAUUCUUUAACAGAUUUAGAGGGGGAAGGACAUGAACUAGAUUAUUGAUGGAAGAUAUUGUUUGUGAUUUCAGUUGUAAGUACACAUUAUUAGCUCUCUGUCUGUAAAUUGUUUACUUGAAUAACAAAUUUUAAGAUAUUUUUUUUUUGCCCUUGAAACAAGUAGUUAGUCAGGCCAGUGUAUAUCUGAAAAAAAUAUGCCAUAACACACAGGUUCAAAAUAGGAAAGUGUGAAUUCCAUAUUUCAGUUCCUUGUCUGUGAAUUACGUUAACUUACUGCUAUGUGUUGCUUUUCUUUAAGAAAUCCUUGUGUUUACUUUAAUAUUUCUCUUUACUUGUAUUUUUGACUUUUGUAUGUUUUACCUAGAAAUCCUCACUUACACACAAAAUCCUGUGUUCAUUAGAAUCUCUUAUACAUGUACAGAUAUUAAUAUCACCAUUAUGUUGUUUUUAAUGUUUUAUUGUAUAGUUUUAAAUGUUUAAUAGAAUAUAUUUUGUGUUCAUUUUGUUAUCAGUUUAUGUUGUUUCAACUUACAGUUCAUAUUCCAAAAAAAAAAAUUUUAAUUCAUUGUC